AUGGCGGCGGCGGGCGAUCCAUCGCGCCACCCGCACGAGCUGCCGCUCGCACCACAAGGUGAGCAGCAGCAGUGGGGCAAUCAGGAGCAGCGGCACCUGGCAGGCGAUGACGGGGCGGCCGCGACACAGCCAGACCAGCACCUGCGCGAGCACGGCGAGCUGCAGCACCCACAGCAGCAGCAGCAGCAGCAGCAGCAGCAGCAGCCGCCUGCCAAGCAGCAGCAGCAGCAGCAGGAGCAGGGGGAUGAGCAGCAGGAGAAGCUUGAGGCGCAGCACGUGGAGCAGCCGCACGAACAUGAGCAGCAGCAGAAGCAGCCGGAGCAGCAGCAGCCGCCAGGUGGGCAGCAGCGGCGGCACGAGGAGGGGCAGCAAGGGGUGGGGGAGGACGACUUGGAGCCGCAGCUCAAGUACGAGCGGCUGGGCUGCGAUGUAAAGGAUGUCCUGCAGGGCACCGACGCGACCUGCCUGGCCCUGUCUGAGAAAGUGCUUGCCCUGGGCACUGCGGCUGGCAGCAUCCACAUCCUGGAUUACUCAGGAAACGAGGUGAAGCGCUUUACGCACCACUCGGGCCCUGUGCGCCACCUGUCGUUUGACGGGGAGGCGGAGUACAUCGCGUCGUGCUGCGGGGAGAACUACGUCACGGUGGCCAACCUGUACACCGACGAGGCGAGCAAGUUCACAUUCAAGCGGCCCAUCACGGUGGUGACGCUCGACCCGCGGUACGGGUCCCGCAAGACACGCGAGAUGGUCACCGGUGACGCCCCCGCGGCGCCGGCCGGGCCGCCCCAGGGCUGCCCGCGGGCGCGCCCCCACCAGCGCUGCGCGCUGCACGCGCCGCCUGCUUCGAGCCGCGGCGGGCCCUGCGGCCUCGGCUGGCUGGGCCGCAGCGACCACGUGCUGCACCAGGGGGAGGGCGCCAUCCAGGCCGUGGCGUGGCAGGGCACCACCCUGGCCUGGGCCAACGAGGUCGGGGUAAAGGUCUACAGCUCCUCCAACCACCAGCUCCUGGGCAACCUCGGCCGCCCCAAAAACGGCCGCUUCGCGGACUGCCUGGCCUGCCGCCUGUACCUCGCGCCCGAUGAGGGGGCGGUGUACGCGGCGUGGGCGGACGCGGUGCGCGUGGCGCGCAUCGUGGCGAAGCAGGGGGACGGCGCCACCACCACUCGCCACCUGCAGGUGCCCCCUCUCAUGCCCUGA